AUGUCCACUCCCAUAUCACAACAGCGCAAUCUCAGGACAUCUUCAAAAAGUGAUAUUUCCAGAGGAGCUAUUCUGGACAGUGUUGUGACAGUGAGGCAUUUGAUGCCACACAUUACUGAGAAGGAGAGUCUGGAUAUUUCUCCUCCUCUUCCAUUGAUGUUGCGCAUUGCUAAGAUCAAGAGUCUGGAUAUUUCUCCUCCUCUUCCAAUGGCACCUCCAUUCAUCAUAGCAGCUCAGCCUGACCAUCGCCAACAAGUCUCCACUGCGCCUGACCCCACUGUUCCUAACUCCAAGGCAUGUUCCUGCUAA